UGACGUGAUAGCGCGUUUGUCCACAGUUGGUGAUGUCAUUCGUACGCGACCUCACACUUGUACCAUGUUAUGCUAACCGACGGUGCAAAACGACUAAGUCAGUGGAUUUAUUUUCGUUAAAGAGUUUUUGGUUGGGAAGGAGGUAAAAUGUCUUUAUAUGAUGAUCUGGGGGUCGCAACAAGCGACACUAAAACAGAAGGCUGGUCUAAAAACUUCAAACUGCUUCAGUCUCAGUUGAAAGUGAAGAAAGCUGCAUUGACACAAACAAAGACUCCGAGGACGAGACAGUCCAAUGUUCUAGCUCCGGUUAUUGAUCUGAAGAGAGGAAGUGCUGUAGAUGACAGACAGAUCUCUGAUACACCUCCACACAUUGCUGCAGGGAUGAAGGACUCGGCAUCAGUUGGGUUUUCAUCCGGAGAUGUGCUGAUUCCUUUGGCUGAUGAGUAUGACCCCAUGUUUCCCAACGACUAUGAGAAAGUGGUGAAGAGACACCGAGAAGAACGACAAAGACAGAGAGAACAGGAGCGACAGAAAGAGAUUGAGGAGAGAGAGAAGAAGCGUAAAGAGAGGCAUGAAGGAGGGGGAGCACCAAGUGGAUUUUCCCGUUUCCCAACAGAAGGCGAAUCAGAUGAGGAGGAGGAGUAUGAGAGAGAAAAGAAGAAGAGGAGUAUAGUUGGAGCUGCCAUCGCCCCUCCGACAUCACUAGUGGAGCGAGACUCAACAUAUUCAUAUGAUGAAGAUGGUCGGCAGAGGUCGAAGGCAGCAAUCCCUCCUCCCAUUUUUGAUGACUCUGAUAGACCACGAUCUCCCCCGGGACCAACUAAUUCAUUCCUGGCCAAUAUGGGUGGUACUGUGGCUCAUAAAAUCAUGCAGAAGUAUGGAUUCCGAGAUGGACAGGGCCUGGGAAAACACGAGCAGGGGUUGAGCACGGCGCUCUCAGUGGAGAAAACCAGCAAGCGUGGGGGAAAGAUUAUUAUUGGAGACUCAACGGAAAAGACAUCAGGAUCCAGUCAGAAUGUGGCUGAUCCACAUGGCUCUAAUUCAGCGGAUGCCUCAAAGAAAAGCGAUGCCAACCCUCUUACAGAGAUUCUCAAGUGUCCUACAAAGGUGGUGUUGCUGCGGAACAUGGUUGGAAGGGGAGAAGUUGAUGAAGACCUGGAAGCUGAGACUAAGGAAGAGUGUGAGAAGUAUGGCAAAGUCAUCAAGUGUGUCAUCUUUGAGAUCGCCGUUGUUUCUGACGACGAGGCAGUCCGCAUUUUCCUGGAGUUCGAACGAGUCGAAUCAGCCAUUAAAGCUGUGGUGGAUCUGAAUGGGCGGUACUUUGGAGGUCGCGUGGUGAAGGCCUGUUUUUAUAACUUGGAUAGGUUCCGUGUUUUAGACCUGGGAGAUCAGGUGUGAGUGGGAGAUCCAGACCUGCACAACCAGGAAAGAGUAAACGCCAGGAGGAAGUAAUUUGUUUUUCUGUAAAUAGCAUGUGUAAUUUUAUACACCCUUGUAAAACAUUUAGCUUAUGUGCACCUUUCCUGGAUAUGGUUUGUAAUGAAGAUUUCAUUAGCGCUUUUGUGAAUUGCUUCUAGUCUCUCUCUCACGUCACAGUUAGAAAUAUCCUUUUGUCCUUGUGAUUAAGAUGUGAUGAAGAACCCAGAAAUAAAAAUGCUUUGGGGAGAA